AGUUCUGAUAAUAAUACUAUUCCAGAUAUUUCUUCAUCAUCAUUAGAGAAUUCUACAUUUACAUCAAAUCAACAGUUUUCAAAUAAAAAAUAUACAAUUGAUCGAUAUUGUUUAUGCCCUUUAAAUAAUCCUGAAGUAAAAGCAUUUUUUAAAUUUUUUUAUCCCUUAGUUAAACUACCUUCACAAAAAGAUCUUAAAGCAGCUCAAAAAGAUACAAAUGAUGUUACAUUAGUGUAUAACAGUUGGAAAAACAUAAAAAAAGAAUCAAUUUUUGGGAGCAUUUUAAUUACUUCAAUGGGUAAGGUCCUUAUUUGGAAUGCAGAAGAUAUAUCAGAUGAAUGUACAAGAACAUGUGCUGCUCUUAAAAAUUUAGCAACAAAGAUAGAAGAAGGCAAUGAUGAAGAUCUUAAUGACUUUCCUGAAAUUCUUCUUACUUAUAUUUCAAACAAUGAAUAG